GACGUUGGGUUUGAAGGGUCGAGAUUAAGUUAAGCGAAUUGCUUUGUAACUUGUUUGGCAGAAAGACCCCUCGGGAGCCUAUGCCGAUGCCGCGUUUGGGUCGAAAAAUGCACUUUAGGCUUCUCUUUGCACUGACAACCGUCCUGUCCUGCUGGGAAGGCGCAGCGGGCAAAAAUCUGAAAUACAGGAUUUAUGAGGAGCAGAGGGUUGGCUCGGUCAUUGCUAGACUUUCCGAAGAUGUCGCCGAUGUUUUGUAUAGGCUGCCUAAUCCUUCUUCGGUGCGGUUCAGAGCCAUGCAGAGGGGGAAUUCUCCGUUGCUGCUGGUUCGGGAAGACAACGGAGAGAUCAGCAUUGGAGCUAAAAUUGACCGGGAGCAACUCUGCCAGAAAAACUUAAACUGUUCCAUAGAGUUUGACGUGAUCACUCUGCCGACUGAACAUCUGCAGCUUUUCCAUGUGGAGGUUGAAGUGUUGGAUAUUAAUGACAAUUCGCCUCAAUUCUCCAGAGCUCUUAUUCCUCUUGAAAUCUCGGAGAGUGCAGCCGUAGGUACGCGGAUUCCUUUGGAUAGUGCUUUUGAUCCAGAUGUUGGGGACAAUUCCCUCUACACAUACUCCCUUUCGGCCAAUGAUUUCUUUACCAUCGAAGUUAGAACAAGGACAGAUGGAGCCAAAUAUGCAGAGUUGAUUGUGGUGCGGGAACUGGACCGGGAGCUGAAAUCAAGCUAUGAACUACAACUAACUGCCUCUGAUAAUGGUGUACCUCAGAGAAGUGGAUCAUCUCUCCUGAAAAUCAGCAUUUCAGAUUCUAAUGACAAUAGUCCACUUUUUGAACAACAGACAUACAUAAUUCAGCUUUUGGAAAAUUCACAUGUUGGCACAUUACUUAUAGAUCUCAAUGCCACUGAUCCAGAUGAAGGUGCCAAUGGCAAAGUUGUCUACUCCUUUAGUAGUCACGUGUCCCCCAAAAUUAUAGAGACUUUUAAAAUGGACUCUGAAAGGGGUCAACUAACUCUUCUCAAACCAGUGGAUUAUGAGACCUCCAAAUCCUAUGAAAUUGAUGCUCAGGCACAAGAUUUGGGUCCAAAUUCAAUUCCAGCUCACUGCAAAAUCAUUAUUAAGGUUGUUGAUGUGAAUGACAACAAACCUGAAAUCAAUUUAAACCUGAUGUCUCCAGGAAAAGAAGAAAUCGCUUAUAUUUCUGAAAAAGCAUCCACAGAGACUUUUGUGGCCCUUGUUAGAGUGCAAGACAAAGAUUCUGGACUGAAUGGAGAAGUGGUUUGCAAGCUUCAUGGACAUGGGCAUUUCAAACUUCAGAAGACGUAUGAGAAUAACUAUUUCAUCCUAACAAAUACUACUUUGGAUCGAGAAAAGCGAUCUGAAUAUAGCCUGACAGUCAUAGCAGAAGACAAAGGAACUCCAAGUCUUUCUACAGUGAAACAUUUUACUGUCCAGAUCAUUGAUGAAAAUGACAACUCACCCCAAUUUCAGACAAAUAGAUAUGAAAUUGUAAUUUUGGAAAAUAAUUCUCCAGGUGCAUAUAUCACCUCUGUUACAGCAACUGAUCCAGAUCUGGGAGAUAAUGGGCAGGUGACUUACACUAUCUUGGAAAGUUUUAUUUUGGGAAGUUCCAUAACAACAUAUGUGACCAUUGAUCCCUCUAAUGGAGCCAUCUAUGCACUUAGGACUUUUGAUCAUGAGGAAGUAAGCCUGAUAAUCUUUAUGGUUCAAGCUAGAGAUGGAGGAAGUCAACAGUUAGCUAGCAAUACAACAGUGGUACUAACUAUUAUUGAUGAAAAUGAUAAUGCUCCUUUGAUUGUGGGGCCUGCACUGCACAACAAUACAGCAGAGAUUUCAAUCCCUAAAGAAGCUGACAGUAACCAUUGCAUCACUAGGAUAAGAGCCACAGAUAGAGACUCAGGGGUUAAUGCAGAGCUAAGCUGCGCAUUAGCAACUAGCAGUGAAGAAGGCCUCUUUGUGAUGGAUCCACAGACAUGUGACAUUUAUCUUAAUGCUAGUAUUGAAUCUGUUACAUCAACAGAAUGGGAACUUACUGUGGUUGUUAGGGACAAAGGAAGUCCUCAACUGAGUACCAAAGCACUUCUGAAAUGCAGUGUUGUUAAAAAUAUCUAUCAACUUUCAUCUACAGAAGCCACAUACCCAAGCCAACCUCCUCUAGAUAUUUCCAUGAUCACAAUAAUAUCCUUAGGAGCAAUAUGUGCAGUUUUGUUGGUGGUCAUGGUAGUCUUUGCUACAAUGUGUAAUCGUGAGAAGAAAGACACCCGGUCUUAUAAUUGUCGUGUUGCAGAAUCCACAUACCAGCAUCAUCCCAAAAGGCCAUCAAGACAGAUUCACAAAGGGGAUAUUACAUUAGUGCCUACCAUUAAUGGUACUUUACCAAUCAGAUCCCACCACAAAGCUUCACCUUCAUCAUCUCCAACACUAGAAAGAGGGCAAAUGAGCAGUCGACAAAGCCAUCACAGUCACCAGUCUUUAAAUAGUCUGGUGACCAUCUCAUCAAAUCAUGUACCAGAGAAUUUCUCUCUUGAGCUCACUCAUGCUACUCCUGCUGUUGAGGUGUCUCAGCUGCUCUCCAUGCUUCAUCAAGGCCAAUAUCAACCAAGGCCAAGUUUUCGAGGCAACAAGUAUUCCAGAAGUUACAGAUAUGCCCUUCAAGAUAUGGAUAAGUUCAGCCUGAAAGAUAGUGGUCGUGGUGACAGUGAAGCAGGAGACAGUGAUUAUGAUUUAGGGAGAGAUUCUCCUAUUGACAGACUUCUUGGAGAAGGAUUCAGUGACCUUUUCCUUACAGAUGGGAGAAUUCCUGCAGCAAUGAGAUUAUGCACAGAGGAAUGCAGAGUCCUUGGGCAUUCUGACCAGUGCUGGAUGCCACCCCUGCCUUCCCCAUCUUCUGACUAUAGAAGCAAUAUGUUUAUACCAGGAGAAGAAUUUCAGCCUCAGCAAAACCAGCCACCACAAGAGGAGGAGGAUCAUCAGGAGGUUGAAUCAUCUGAAAAGAAGAAGAGCUUUUCAACUUUUGGCAAAGACAAUCAGAAUAUGGAAGAAGCAGCUGACAUAUGUACCUCAUCUCUCCUCUCUGAAAUGAACAGCGUCUUUCAACGUCUCUUGCCUCCUUCUUUGGAUGCUUACACAGAGUGUAAUGAAAUAGAGCCUCCCAACUCACUAGAACGCAGGAAAGGACAUUUGCCAGCCAAGACUGUAAGCUAUCCACAAGGGGUGGCAGCCUGGGCAGCCAGUACUCAUUUUCAAAACCCUGCAAACAGCACUGGGCUUACUUUGGGAACUCAUUCAGGUGCCCAGCCCUCUUCAAAAUGGCUACCUGCCAUGGAGGAAAUUCCAGAGAACUAUGAAGAAGAUGAGUUUGACAAUGUGCUUAACCACCUCAGUGAUGGUAAACACGAACUCAUGGAUGCUAGUGAACUGGUGGCAGAAAUUAACAAGCUGCUACAUGAUGUCCGGCAGAACUAGAGUGUCUUAUUUCAUAGCAUCUUAAUUUUCCAUAUUUUUGGAAAAUGAAGAGAUGAGAAUCCAUAAUGAAAAGAACUGGCAUUGCCAAUUAGUUACAUUUAUCAUAAAUGUGUCUGUGUAUGUUGAAUCCUAAAAUACUGUAUUUUCAUAUGUACACAAUGCAAGUGUGAUUAUCUUUAACUGUAUUUUAAAAAUACAUUUGUAUCUUAUAUUUAUGCAUAAUUUAACAAAUAAAUUUUAUUUUUGUACUCCCAUGGCAAGCAUGUUUUCCUACAUAUAAGCAGCUGACACCAUUUGUGUCAACGUACAGUAUUUCUAUCACAAGUGUAUAAAUACUCAAAAGGUAAGGAUGCCAUUUUCCAUGGGUUUCUCCACAAGCGUUUAAUGUUAUGAUACAAAAUUGAAUCAAUUGAAACUUUAUCCAAAAGGAAAUUUUAAUAAUUAAUGAUCUAAAAUCUUGUUGCAAUGUUUCAAUUCUUAUAAUAAA